AUGACAUACGCCAGUACCGAAGCGAAAACGAAAUUGAAAAGGCCCCCAUAUGACCCAGAGCUCGCAGUUAUUCGCGACAGCUUUCCUCCAUUCGGACCAAUUACCAACGAGCUCAUCAUUGCGCAUCAUGAAGAUCCAACCCUUUAUGGGCCGCUGCCCAGCGUGUCUGAUCUUAUCAAAGGACGGCCCAUUGUGCAUAAAAAGUGCGAGAUUACAGGGUUCAAGACGGAUGACCCACCAAUAAUCCUAUCUAUUUUCUCGCCAGCAUCAUCUGACAAUAUCCCAAGGCCAUGUGUCUACUUCAUGCAUGGCGGCGGGAUGAUCUUUCUGAACCGCCACGUCGGUCUAGAGCAGCCCCUUGAUUGGGUCAUCGAGACAGGCUGCGUCCUUAUUAGUGUUGAGUACCGCUUGGGUCCCGAGGACCCACAACCUGCGGCGUUACAUGAUUGCUACGCCGGAUUAUGCUGGGUUCACUCUCACGCCGAUACACUGUACGUUGAUCGAGACAGGAUCAUGGUCGCAGGGCACUCGGGUGGCUCAGGACUAGCUGCCGGAAUUGCGCUGUUUGCGCGAGAUCAGCAUGGACCGGCUAUUUGCGCACAGCUGCUAGCAUGUCCCAUGAUUGAUGACCGUAAUAAAAGUGUCAGUUGUAGGCAGUUUGAAGACGAGGAGCCGUGGGAUCGGAAGAGCAAUAUUGCUGCUUGGGCGGCUGUUUUGGAGCAUCGUGGUAACGACUACGGGCGAGAUGUGAGUCCGUACUUUGCUCCGGCAAGGGCGAUUGAUCUUGGUGGUCUUCCUACAGCAUGGAUAGAUGUAGGGUCUACUGAUGUUUUCCGCGACGAGGCUGUUUCUUAUGCUUCCCGCUUGUGGGAGGCUGGUGUGCAGGCUGAGCUUCAUGUAUGGCCGGGAGGGUUCCAUGGGUUUGACAUGAUGGCGCCGAACUCUGCGCUGGGGAAAAAGGCUAUUCAAUCCAAGAUGGACUGGGUGAAGAAUAUUUUUCGUGUACAGAUUUGA